GUCUGAGCGGAGGGGACUAACCUGUCAGGAAAAAAGCAUGCUGCCCUGUUCUCUUUUUAACUUCACACGCAGAAAACCUCUCCCCGGAAGACACUUGUAGUUUUUUCCUCUCAUUGUUGGAUUUUAAUUUGGAUAUUUACUCACGUUUCCUGCAUUGCUAUUUUUUAUGCCAUUUCCCUGCAUUUUGACUCCCUCUACUGUAAGGACAGCUGAAGAUUCUACAAACAUGCUGCAAAGCUUCUCCCAGUCCCAGGACUGGAUUUACUCUGAGCCGCUGCUCUUUGACGAUGAGUUCUGCCAGAGUUUGAUGAAGGACCUCCAGUCGCUGCCGACCCCCCCUCAGUCCCCACCGAUGAAGCCGGGGCUGGGCGGCACUAAGCCCCUCUCCAAGGAGGACCAGCUGAGCUAUGUGUCGGACAUCCUCCUGGAAGACCACGACAUGCAGCUCAACUGGAACUACGACUUCUUCCACUGCGACUCUGCGGCGGAGAAGGAGGGGGAUCCCUCCGAGCCCUGCUCCCCCCUCGAGGAGGAGGAAGGGGCGGACUGUUUGUGGCAGUGCCUGGCCGAAGACAAGAGCCUGGAGGAGAAGCUGGUGUCCUCCAUGCUGGGCUCCAGCCCGCUGCUGUCCGACAUCAACACCAGCAUCUUCGAGGAGAUCGCCGGCUCCACGCUGGACUGCCAGAACCUGAUGGACUCCCAGGAGCCCAGCGAGGCCACGUCAGACUACGGGUCCACCGGGGGAGAACUCUCCACGUAUUCCUCCAGCGACUCUGAGGAGGAGAUAGAUGUGGUGACCGUGGUGCGGUGCUCCUCAAGCCCCUCCCCUCGCGCCUCAUUGGCCGACCUGUCUGUCCGCCAGCAGAAAAAGGAAGAGGAGCAGCGGGCCCUGCAACGCCACAACUCUGAGAUCCAGAUGCAGCACAACUACGCUGCGCCGUGUCCCGCCUCGCCGCCACCUUCGUCCAACAAGCGCUCGAGAGGAAGCGAGGGCUCAUCACGGUACCACCACUCGUCGCGGAACUCCUCGUCUUCGUCGUCCUCAUCGCGGUACCACAGCCACAGCCACCACCACAGCAGCAGCAGCAACUCGUCACGCAACUCCACGGAGACGGAGGACGAGGAGGAGCGGCGGCGGACGCACAACGUCAUGGAGAGGCAGCGGCGCAACGAGCUCAAGAACUGCUUUGUUCACCUGCGGGACAACGUGCCCGAACUGUCCAACAACGACAAGGCGUCCAAGGUGGUGAUCCUGAAGAAGGCGCGGGACUGCAUCUACGGCCUGGAGGACGAGGGCCACCGGCUGCAGGGCAAGAGGGACAAACUUAGGGCCAAACAGGAGCAGCUGAAGGCCCGGCUGGAGCGACUCCGUAGCUAAGAGUCGAACCGGCGAUUUUCAGUUUGUUUAAGAGACAAUGCAAGGGUGGGGGGGGGG